CGUCAGGCCGAGCUCCACCGCGAGAUCCGCCUUCUCUACGAGGAGAAGAACCUCUCCGGGAUCAAUGCCGUUGAUGAGGAGAUGCGCAAGGUCGAUGCUGCCGCAUCCAAGCUACGCUCGGAAGCCAGCGCUGUGAUCGACCGCGGUUUUGCUGAGUCCAAUCAGAACGAUGUGUGGUGCGGGCUUCAGGUGUACUACAAUCUUGGGGAGUUGAAGCCGGCAGUGGAAGGACUUGUUGGGAAGUACAAGGCAGCAGGCUCAAAGAGUGUGGCUGUGGCUCUGGACAUGAAGGCGAUUUCAAUGGCUGCUGCCAGUGGAGGUGGCCCUGGAGGAGUGCAGAGGAGUGGUACACCGCAGAUUGGUGGUAGUAAGAAGGCAGCAGAGGCACUUUGGGAUAGGAUGAGGCAGUGCAUGGAGGAGCUGCAUCGGGCUGUCAGCGCUGCUUGGCAGCUGCAAACUGUACUCACCAAGAAGCGUGUGCCAUUCACACAAAUGCUGUUCCUUGAGGAGGUUUGGCAGGAGGGUGAGCCUCUGUUAACAGAGAGAGUUUGGGAUGCAAUUGUGAAGGCCUUUGCUAGUCAAAUGAAGUCUACCUUUACGGCUUCAAGCUUUGUGAAGGAAAUAUUUACUCUUGGGUAUCCAAGACUGUUUUCAAUGGUUGAAAACCUUCUUGAGAGGAUUUCAAGAGAUACUGAUGUAAAGGGUACCCUUCCAGCUCUCACUCCUGAAGGAAAAGAUCAUAUGAUUUCAGCCAUUGAGAUAUUCCAGACAGCCUUUUUGGCUCUUUGUCAUAGUCGUUUAUCUGAUUAUAUCAAUAGUAUAUUUCCAAUGUCAAGUCGUGGAACCAUACCUUCAAAGGACCAGAUAUCAAGAUUAGUUUCUCGCAUACAGGAGGAAAUCGAAGUAGUGAGAACUCACGGGCAUUUGCUUGUUCUUGUUCUACGGGAAAUUGGAAAGAUCUUACUUCUUUUAGCACAGAGAGCUGAAUAUCAGAUCUCUACUGGGCCUGAAGCCCGACAAGUUACCGGCUCAGCGACUCCAGCCCAACUCAAAAACUUUGCUUUGUGCCUCCACCUUCAGGAGGUUCACACACGCAUUUCGAGCAUCUUGUCAACACUCCCUAAUGUUGCUUCUGAAGUGCUUUCACCAUCCCUUGGUGUCAUCUACGGUGUUGCUUGUGAUUCAGUGACCUCCCUGUUCCAAGCGAUGCUUGAUCGACUUGAGUCAUGCAUCCUGAAAAUGCAUGAGCAGGACUUUGCAGGUCAUGGAAUGGAUGCAGCAAUGGACAACAAUGCAUCAGCUUACAUGGAGGAGCUUCAGAAGUGUGCCAUCCACUUCCGCAGUGAAUUCUUAUCGAAGCUUUUGCCAUCAUCAUCCUCUCGUUCCGAAACCAUAUGCACCAUCAUGGUUAGAAGGAUGGCCUCAAGAGUCCUCAUAUUUUUCAUAAGGCAUGCUUCUCUUGUCAGGCCACUUUCAGAAGCGGGGAAGUUGAGAAUGGCGCGGGACAUGGCUGAGCUGGAGCUUGCUGUUGGUCAGAACCUGUUUCCAGUGGAGCAGCUGGGAGCACCAUACCGGGCAUUACGAGCAUUCCGGCCUGUCCUUUUCCUGGAAACAUCUCAGCUUGAGAAAUCUCCACUCCUUCAAGACUUGCCGGCUAGCGUUAUCCUCCACCAUCUCUAUUCUCGAGGACCUGAUGAAUUGCAGUCACCUUUACAGCGCAACAAGCUCACGCCACUGCAGUACUCUCUGUGGCUUGAUUCGCAAGGUGAGGACCAGAUUUGGAAAGGCGUGAAGGCGACCCUGGACGACCACGAGAUGAGGGUCAGGUCUAGAGGUGACAAGGAGUUCAGUCCGGUGUAUUCUCUCAUGCUUCAGAUUGGAUCUGCAUUGUCUCAGGCCACGAUCUAACAUGUAUUCCGUUCACUCAUAUGCAUUUGUACCAUCUUGUAGCAUUGAUUCCUGGAGGGAUCGGGGGUGAGAUUUUGCAUAGUUUAUACACAUGAAUGAAAUAGCAAUUGUAUUUGUUUCCGGAAAUAAUUCUUAGAGUACAGAGUGUCUUGUAGUUCUGGUAGUUUCUGUAUCUUGCUAUCUUUGGAACUCUGAUUCAUAUGAAAAUCUUGAAGGGUGCCAAUUUUUUAAAAUCAA